CAUGUGGUUUGUGCAUCGGUGCACUGCAUCAACCCAUACCAGGGCGGAGAUAAUUGUGUUGACAUCACCGAUGAUGAUUGAACGCCGAUGGUCGCAGAUUUUCACGCCUCAAAUGAAGUGAUUUCGUUAUCACGGAGUAUAUCUCGAUGCCAAGUCAGCCAGUUACACAAAAGACGAGGAUCCCAAAUAAAAGGACAUUGGUGUUGAAGCUCAACGAUGUAUCGACCCCAUAUGCAGCUGUGCCUAUGCACUCUCUGCUCACAGAAGUCCGCGAGAAGCUAAAGACGACCUAAAUGGAUUAUCCAGAUUAAUCACGACCGGAGAUAUACUAAAUAGAAAAUAAAAACAAUAACUCUGCAAUAAUGUCUGUAUCUACUGUAUUGGCAAAAGCCUUAUUUGACAACACAGCAGAGAGCCCGGAGGAGUUAGCAUUCCGUAAGGGGGACAUCUUGAUGGUCCUUGAACAGGAGGAGGCGGGUGGCCCAGGCUGGUGGCUUUGCUCUCUACAUGGACGACAGGGUAUUGCUCCUGCUAAUCGCCUUCGUCUUCUGCAGACAGCCCCGUCCCCAGGCUCAGACCUUCAUUGUGCUUCUAGCAAAGACUCUGUUUAUCUGUCACCUGGUUCUGCAUUGGCCCGAGUUGGAGUCAGCAGCAGUGCAGACAAUAUAGACGGAGUUUACCACUCUCCUCCAGUUGCAGGUGAAGGAAGACCUGGAGAACUCCGCAGAACUGAAGGCGGACGUCCACGUUCUCACUCAAGUUCUGGGACUAGGCCCCGACCUGAGUGGGAUAUUGGUGUAGGCGGACGUCCUCGAUCACCUUCUUUAAGAGGAAGAGGAACAGACAUAUCUGGGACACUUUAUCAAACUCCAGUGCAUUCAUUACCUGCAACUCAGCAUGUAAAGCAACCAGGAAGUGUUUUGACCUCAGAGUCGGUUUACCUCACUCCCAGUGGAGUUUCACGACCAAGAGAUGAUUCACAAGACAAUACCUAUUUAGUGCCCAGAGAAACCAUUAAUGAUGACUGCUACUUAGUACCUAAAGGUACACCCCUUGCUGGGGAUGAUGUUUACCAAACACCAACUGGAGGAGUUAUUUCAAAUGGAUCCUCUGCUGCAAGUGGUUCACCCCAGCCCAAAUUGGGUCAGGAUGCACCCGGAUUCUAUCAGACCCCUAGCUCUGUUGGUACAAACUCUCAAAGGACUCACCAAUCAUCACCUGUUCAGUCAUCACCUAAAUGUCUGCUAAAAGGAGCUGUUGGUAUGGGGAAGACAAGUCAACGUGGUUCUCCUUUACUUGUCCGAGCAGGGCAGGGUAGGCGUCCUGGAUCACCUAAUUCUGCCCGUAAGCCACCUCCUCCGGCCCCUCCAGUACGGGGUGUCACUAGGAAAGAUGUACAACAGUCAUCUUUAACACCAGCUUAUUCCAAUUCUGCAGACAAAGCAUCAUCACAGCAAUUAGAAAACAAACAAAAAGUCACUGCUAACAGAGAAGAGACAAUCAGUAACAGCAAAGAGAAAAGCACCAAUGUGCAGAACAUUAAAGGACAAAUGUCAGACAACAUAGGCAGUGUGAAUGACCAGGUUUAUGAUACUCCCCCAAGUGGAAGGUGGCAGCGCACAGCACGCUCUUCUCUCCCUGAAGAUAAUGGCAUCUAUGAUACUCCCCGCAGUGUGCCACCACAAAGUGACUCAGAACUGGAGGUCUAUGAUGUCCCAACAAUCACUCUGAAUGUAUCCACUUCAGAUGUCCAGCAAACUGGCACAGUGUCGGAUGAGGGUGAUGAUGGAGUGUACAGUGUCCCCACUCUUCCAGGCGUUCCUUUAGGCCAGGAGGACCCAUCUUGUACUGUCCUUUCUAUGGAGGAGCCUUUGCUUAGAGCUUCUGAAAAACAAGCUAGUGGUGGUAAUGCCUCUGAGCCUGACUGUGGCAUCUAUGACAUGCCUGCGUUAACUGCUGAAGUACUUCCUCUCUCAUCCUCUUCCUCCUCCACAUCUACUCGCAGGCUCUCUGUUUCUAGCAAUGGCUCAGGCGACGUGCAAUGGAAGAUUUGUCUGUCUAGCCUAGUGCAUUCACUUUUAACCACAGUGUCCUGUUCUCCCUCAACUCUUCCAUCACGAGAUCUGGCCACUUCUUUGGCUGAAAUCUUGUCCACAUGGAAGGCCAGUCAUGGCGGUGAUCCUCCACCCCCUCUUCAACAGGCUUGGGCCCGUUUAUCAGACCUUUUGCCUGCAUUGUCAGCAAUUGGAAAUGCACCUCCAUCUGAAGGUCUCCUCACUUUGGUUCAACAUUCUCUUGAAGAAAGCUCCCUUCUCUUGCAAGUACAAAGUCGUCCUCGUUUGCCGUCCCAAGAAUCCCUUUCACGUCGCCCGUUACCUGCCCUCCCAGUGGUAGAGGGUGUAUCCUCUGGUGUUGGGAUGGGCCCCCGUAAAGGUAGCUGGAUACAGGAACGACCUCUGCCUCCAACUCCACAGCCUAAGUUUCCCUUGCUACCCUCUCAAUCCCCAGUGACGGUCACUGUGGUCUCUAGUGAUGGAGAAGACGAUCCCAGUAAUGAGUAUGCAGGAAUUGGCCUGACCUCUAUUCCUGCCCCAAUACCCACUGGAGACAGUGUGGGAUAUGUCAAACUUCAGGGUAAACCUAAUCUAGCCCCAAAUACACUGGCUGACAAUGGACACACCAUCAAUGCAGAAACAAGGAUGACUCCAUCGCCGCCCUUGCCAGUGUCUCUGUCUCUGGAAGAUUCAGAGCUGCUGUCUUUUUACUCUUCUCAGAGCCUUGCCCAUCUAUCCUGCCUCGCAGAUGCCAUAGAUGUGCUGUUUAGUAGUGUACAAGGGAACCAGCCUCCCCGUAUAUUUGUUGCUAGAGGGAAGAGUCUUAUUGUAACAGCACACAAACUGGUGUUUAUUGGUGACACCCUUUCCCGACUCCUGUCCUCUGCAGACUUGCGCGCUAAGAUUACUACUUCAGGUGGUAGACUUUGCCAGGCCUUAAAAGCUGUUGUUGUGGCGACCAAGGGAGCAGCACAAAACUACCCAUCAGUAUCUGCCACUCAGGAAAUGGUGGAUUGUGUGGCUGAACUCUCACAGCACGCGGCUGGAUUUUCUACUUUGCUUCAGCGUCUGGCAGAAAUAUCAUCAUAAUACUUUACGUUGCUUUUUAAAGUGUUUUUGUUUUAAGGGGUCAAGUUACAGUGAAGAGGUUUUAACUGAUCUUUCUGCACUGUUUCUAAUGUGUGGUUCUUUGCCUUUUUUAUAAGAUGAUCAGUGUGCUUUGAUGCCAAACGUGUGUCUUUUUAGUGUUAACUUAUUGAGUAUGUUUUUCACUGUAAAGUUUAGCUUUGCCCCUUUUCUGUAUGCAAUUAUUUUCUUUCACAUAACAUUUCCUUCCUUUCUCUAUUUAUUUAGCUGUGGUAUGUGCUCUAAAAAUGGCAGAAAGGGAGGCCUGAUAUCCUAACUACACUUGUUUCCUGCAAUGCCUGAAUGGCCUUUUGUGAUUUUUUUUUUUUUCCUUAAUUUUGUGUAAGAUAGAAAUGAAGAGUCCUUAGGCUGUGUUCCACAUUUGACAUGUACAGGUUUGUGAAGUACAGAUUAAUAAUUCAUCUAUAAUCUCAAAUUUACAAUCCAUGUAACAGCCAGUGACAGAGUAGUGAUUGCUGACUGGCAAGUUGCCCUAUCCUGUUCUUUCCCACGAUCACAUGCAAGUUUAAUGCAUAACAAACCAGUCUCCCAGGUCCAGCUGUCUGAACAUGCCUGUUGUCACAUUCUUCAUCAUUUUGUUGUUUCAUUUGUACUGAACAGAGAGAAGUCACAUAUAGCCUGCAUUGAAUAAAUUUUUUCUUAAUUUGCAAAAACACAAACUAUUGAAAACACUAAACAACAGACUACACUACACACUACACAAAGAUAACGUAUGAUGGUAUCCUCACUGUUACAAUAUCAGAUCUUUAGGAAUUAUUUUAAUCUUGUUUGUUUUCAUGUUUAACACAUGACUUAUGCUGUUAUGUUCCUGUUUACAAUAUUAUGCCACCUAGUGUUGGAAUUGAGUAUUACCUUACUGUUGUAAUUACAUUUCUGCCAUUGUUUAGUUGUGCUGUAGAAUCUUGUGGGGGAGUUUGUGGCUGUCCUGAUUGCAUGGCUUUGAUUUUCUUUGAUUUUAUACACCCCAGAGUUUACAGAAAUUACAUUUUUAAGGCUGCAUUUUUUGUUACACCUUGUACGUUUCUUUUAUUGAUGGAGGAAACACAUUUCUACAGCGAUGCAAACCGAGCACUACAUGCAAAAUAAUUUCUUUUAUUUUGGUUAAGAUUUCACAAUACAUUUUCGCAAAUAAACAAAUAUUUGAAUGUU